UAUCGCCUAUUAAGUGAAUAAGUAGGGACAUUUUCUCCUUCAAGUUCUCCUCCAUUCUAAAUAGCAAUCAUUCUGUAUUAUAUAUUCUGGGAUCCUUAAUUUCACUGGAUUGUCCUCACAUAUAGACGCCAUGGACUCUGCAUUAACAUCGACUUCUCACGACACAGAGUCGUGUCUCGGAGGGGCAUCCAUUAAAGCCACUCACCACGAAUCUCUGUCUAGCCCAUUGAAAUAUGAUUCAUUACAACAGUGGCGCACAGCUAUUCAAGCUGCUAUCGACAAGAAGAAAGUAACGGAAGCACAAGCGAUGGAAGCCGCAGUAGAACAAGCGAAAGAAGACUUGGAAACGUGGAACACAGGCAGGAAACAAAGGAUAGAUGUGGCCAGUGUCGAUAAAGACGCGAUAUCGGUGGACGGAGGAACCCAUACUUUUUGCUGGAAAAGUACUGCUGAGAUGCUCACCAGAGUUGGAUUCAACCCAAACGACCUAAGUGGAAAACCGUCACAAAAAAUGGCUGACCUGGUCUUUGCAAGAGCAAAGCAGUAGUUUGACAGGAAGUUUAACAGGGUUGGACUUUGAUGCUUUGUUGUAAUCUAAUGAGUUGGUGUGACCAUAGUGCUGACACUGUUGGCUGUUUACCUUCAAUGUUCAAAAAC